GGUUAUUGUUAGUAAACAUUUUUUUCUUUUUUUCACGGUUGGAUACUGGUAAAUGUUGACGUAAUACCUCCAAAUCCAAUGUUGGUUUUUGAAUCUCAAUUUACAUUCCAAGUACACAAUGUCUGGUCAAGUGAGAAUUGAGAUUAUCGGAGGAGCCCAAAAAGCAAGAUGGUAUGUGAAUUUAGCAGAUUUUGCCAACAUGGUAAAGGCGUUUAUUGGGGCCAAUUAUCUGUAUGUGGCGUACGCCUUCAAGCAGAGUGGUCUGUUGCUGGGUAUUGUUGGAAUGCUGGUCAUAGCAGCUCUCACGGACCACUGCUGCCAUCUUAUAGUUCAAACCAAAAACCAUGCCAUCAACCAUUUGAUAAAAAAACAUAAAGCUGAAACUGCGAACUCCAGAUCUGAAAACAGAAAAACAAAAUACAACGACUGUGAUGCUGACUGUGAAGAGGAAAAUGACACAUCAGCUUCUAGUUCACCAAAUUUUGAUAAUGCUGCCAUUCAGAAUGAGGAAAUUGAAGAAGAGUAUCACUCUCCUGGUGGGGAGAAUAUUCAUGAGAAAAUCAGUCAGAAUAUGAGCUAUGGUGAUAUUGGUUUCUAUUGCUAUGGCAAUGUUGGUCUUGGUAUUGUAAACUUUUUCAUCGCCAUGACUCAGUUUGGAUUUUGUACAUCUUACUCUAUCUUUAUAGGAAAUACUAUACAUUCGCUGUUUCCAUAUAACAAGUGUGUAACGGAUAAUGUGACAAAUAUAACACAUUGUGAAAAAGUGUACAUACAAGAAAAUGGUACCGAUCCAUCUUUUGGAAAUGUUGAGUUUUAUAGCAUAGCUCCAGAUCUCAGGAUUUUAGUAAUCUCACCAAUACUUGUGUUCAUUCUGUUUGCACUGAUACGCAAUGUCCGUUACCUUGGAGUCGUCAGUGUUCUGGCAAACCUCUCCAUACUGUUUGGAGUUGUGUCAAUUUUCGCCUACCUUAUAUACAAUUUCAGCAAACAUGGAAAGAAGGAAACAGAGCUGUACAAUUUGCAACAUUUUUCCCUGUUCUUUGGUAUGGUGGCCGGUGCAUUUGAAGGGAUUGGGCUGGUGAUUCCUAUAGAAUCCAGCAUGGUUGGAAACAGACAUCUAUUCACCUGGUUCCUUCAUGGAGCAGUCGGUGUCCUGACCAUCAUUCUUGGUGUCUUUGGAAUCCUGGGAUACUUAACAUUUGGACAAGACGUUCAGCAAAUGCUGAAUAAAAAUCUUCCACCGGGCGAGUUCCUUGGAAUAUUUGUCAACGUCGGAAUAUGUGUUGGAAUCAUGCUGACCUACCCUCUUCAGAUUUUUCCUGUGAUAGAAAUAAUUGAGAGAUACCUUUUCCUAGAAGGUCGAAUUUUUGGCCCACCAAAAAAGAAUCAAAGUGACAAGGAUGAAACAAAAGCCCUUAUAGCAUCAGACAGAGAACCCCUAGAGGAAGAUAACAAACAUGAACUGACAGAGCAUAUGCCCAGCCACAUACCAGACAGUGUUGCUACAUGGAAGCGUAACAUGGUCCGUGUGAUUAUAGUGAUGGCCUCCUGUGGGCUGGCAAUACUUCUCAAGGACUACUUUGCCUAUGUUGGAGGCUUCAAUGGUGCAGUGGGCAGUACAGCCCUAGCCUUCAUACUACCAUGCCUGUUUCACCUCAAGGUCUGUUGGCACGACCUUCACCCUGUUUUCAAGGCCAAGGAUAUUCUCAUCAUCAUUUUUGGUGUGUGUGCUGGAUGUGUUAGUGUGGUGGCUGUCAUACAGAGGAUUGCAUCAGGGGAGACAGAGGAAUAGGAGAUACUCAACAGCUGUUUUUGUGACAAUUUUUAUAACUCAAGCUUAAAUAUUGUAAGAGUAUUUGCCCUUUGUAACAUUUUAAACAAAUACAUAUGUUUUAACAAGACCGUUUAAACAAUGGGAUGUAUUAUAGGUUCACCUGCGGUGAUGGAAGGUGUCCAGUAUGUUGUCCGAUCAAUAAUUUAGAACCUUUUGUCCAAUCAGGUGAGCAAUAUUAUAAGUAUCUAUCAUGUGUUUCAUGUACAGAUAGAAAAAUCCGACCCGAGAGCACGUGCGUAAGCCGGUAACGAGGCUUGCCUCGUUACCGGCCACACAGCUUGCCCGAGGGUCGGAUUUUUCUAUCCGGACCGGAAAAACAUGAUUGAUAUUUUUUCUUGCAUAUAUCUGAAAUGAUCAAUUUGUGGAAAGAAUGACGUAGAAAAUGAACUUUUGGACAUUUCCCCAAAAAGCAUGAGCGGCGUUGUUUACUGACGUCAUAAAGCGCAGUAUUUUCAAAUAACUAAAAAUCGCGUUUUUUACGAUUAUUUAUUUUCAAUUUUAAAUAAAAGUCUUGCAUACAUAUAUAUUAGAUUGAGCUUCAUUGAAAUGGCAUAUUUAUACCUUUCAUAAACCAUACAAUAAAAGAAAAAGAAGUGGCGCGUUGUUGCGCGUGAUUUAUCUUACAUGGGGGGUGUAAGAUAGAUUUUUCCAGCACUGGUCACAUGACCAGAAACACACGUCCGAUAUGCAAUAAAGGGCCAUCUUGGCCCUCUUGUUUACAGAGAUAUGUACCCUUUUCUUACUUAAAAUUUGCAAACAAAAAAAUGGUGUCCCAUGGCCUUGUUGAUAAUUUAAAUAAAUUUUGGUACAAAUAAUAAAAAAUGUUUAAACUUUGUUUAAUAAUUACCAAUUUUUGGCGGAGUUUCUGGCCUCUUUAAGAAUUUGAUAUUGACAACAAAACAUUUCCCACGAUUUCUUAAAUUUAAUUAUGACAGGUAAUAUGGAUUUAAAUAUAUUUUGGGACAUGUGUUUAACACUAUAAAACAGUUCAACUUUGGUUACAAUCACAAUUUUUUUAUUGUGAAAUACAAGAUGAAUGUCAAUGUAUUUACUUUAUUAUAUAUAGAUUUUUUUUUUUUAAAUAUUUGAUCUUAUUUUAUAGUUUGGCUUAAAAUUGCCUCAAAAUAAGACUCAAGAUCCUGACUUAAACGUCCCUAGACUCACUUUACUUGUACCCCCUUAUUGAACACCACAAACAGUAAUGUUUCAUUGGUGCACACCAGUGGCGUAGCUGCCGUUAUGCACAAUACGCCCGUGCGUACAAUUCGUCGCACAACUCAGAAAAUAUUUGGGGCCAAAAAUGCAAUAAAAACUGAAGGGUAAGAGAGGUGAAGCGUUAGCGGGCUGCCUAUUUUGAAUAUGUGAGACAAUAAAAUAUAAAAAAAAUCCUAUUAUUCAGUAAAAGCCUCGUUUACGGUUUUGUUGAAGGAAUGCCUUUUUUAUUUCUUUAGUUUCCCUUAUUGUUCAGUCACGAAUGAAUAGUCGAUAAAUACUGAAUAUAUCCGAACAAUGUUUACAAAGAAUGGCAAACGCCAACUUUGAACCUCCUCAUCUUGACAAGUUCAAAGAUAAUCUUCAAGCAGUUGACAAUGCUGAUAAACUAAACAUCUUAGCAGCAAAAUAGAACAUUUCUAUGAGGUUUUUUUUAUUUGUUGUCACUUGUCUGGUCUCGGACUGUUUAACGUUUACCGUGAAUGGGAAAUCGAAUCGCAAUGGGUAAUAGAGAUCUUCGCCCAGAAGAAGCAUCGACUUAUUUCAUUACUCUUUCGGGUGUAAUUUUUUGGAGUAAUCGUUGGCAAUUUCCUUCAGUGCAUACUUAAAACGACCUUUUGCUAUGAAAUAGAAGUUUGUUUCGUGUUGAAAUUGUUAAAUGAACUUAGGAAAACCUUUUAACAAACGUUCAUAUGCAUUUUCAUUAUUUAAGACAAUGUCUAUUUUUGAAUUUCCUACGAAGCUGUUUUAGACAUAGCAUUUUUGAAUUGAAUAUUCGUUGAUUAAAUGCUGAUGAUCCUGUACUAAGAAAUUAAUUUUGCUUAACAGUAUCAUUCUGACCUAUGACUAAACCGAAAACUCCAGGGGGGCGGAGCCGCCCUCACCCCCCAUUCCGCUCAUUUCAACCGCAAUUUAUGCGUAUACUUCGAAACGGCCUAGCAACGCCCCUGGUGCACACACAUACACAACAUCUCAUCUGAUUGUUUUUGUUACGUUUUAAAGCAACAGUUAACAUAUUAACUUUCAAUAACUGAAACUCCAAAUUGUAGUGAUUUAUCAACCUGGCCCCUAUUUCUCAAAACUUCUUAUGUCCCUUAUAACAGGAUUAAGCUACACUCACUAUUUGCGUUGUUCUAUAAUGUGCGUUAUAUUUAUUUAGAAGAAAUCAUUUUUCAUUUAUCAAAAUUCAUUAUUAGUAUUUAUUUUGGCUAAUUGAAAUAAGCGACUUAAGCCUGUUAAGCUGAAGAAGUUUCGAGAAAUUGGACUCAGGAAGAUUCAAACACCAUAUGCUAAAUAUAUCUCAAUGAAGGUAUUUUUGUUACAUUUUAGUGCAGAAUUUUGUUUUAAAGAUGAUUUUGUUGUGUAAUGAUUUUCAAACAGGUCUCCAAAUUUUAGGCACUGUACAUAACAUGGCUUCUCAGUAGUUUGUUUAUAUUCAUGGAUUUAAUCUUCUAACAGAGAAAUUCCUACUUGCUAUUACUGAAGAAUGCCUAGUGUUAUUCUGAGGAAUAGGUUGUAAAUGUUGCAAUAUGUUAUCAGAGUUUUAGUUAAUUAUGAUGUAUGAGUUAUGUACUCCUAAUAAGAACAUACACAUGAAACUGUAUUACCCGGUAUCAUGAUAUUGGCAAGCAUCAUGACACCUUUCAUGAUCAAUGCAUAUUCAUUAUAAAUUCAUUUAUAAAUGGCACACUUUUAUGCCCUCAUAAAGAUGGAGGGGGAUUUAGAUUUGCCCAUGUCUGCGCAUCCACCGUGCACCAUCUGUCCAUAAGUAUUAUGAGAAAUUGUGAUACUCAAAACUCCAAUAAGACAAAUAGACUUAAGUGGAAUGUUAUUUAGUGAAGUUUUGCACCUGUUUCCUGCUGCACUUAGCAAAACGACAGGUAUGGCUCUUGAAUUACCCAAACUUAGCAUAUCUCAUUAUCUGGACUUUUGUCCCUUAAAACUCCAAACCGUCAUUACCAAGAGUCAUGAAAGCUUACAGGACUGAUGUUGAGUGACAAAUUUGUGCACUUGGGGUUUCAUUUCCAGCUACAAAACCAGAGUUAUGGCAUUUCUGGACUUGUUUAACUUGUUACGCUCUUAACUUCAAAAUGAUUAGUUAUACUUGGAUCAGAUCUUUCAGGAAGGUAUUUGAUGUAAUUAAAUUUUGGAAAUCAUUAUUUUGAUGCAUAUUUAUGGAGAAUGGACAAAUUGCUUUUGUGUCAAACACUGAAUAUGGGGGAAUCUGUGUCCUAUGGUCAAAUUUAAGGUUAUAUUUUGUGGUGAAUCAUGUCUUUUCUUAAUCCAUAAUGUUAAUAAAAUAUGAGUUGAAUGUGCAGCCCUUUUGAUAAAAUAUUUUGUAUUAUGAAAUGAUAUUAUUCUGAUUGCAUAAUACAUUGUCCUUUAUUUUUUGUAUUUUAGAAAAUUUGAUUAAAUGUUUCAUUAAGUAAAAACAUCAUGAUUUUGAAAGGCAGCAUAUUAAACAGACUGUCUAUCCAUCUCGAAGGUAUCCAAUUAAUAACUUGGGGACAAUUAGGCCUGUCGACUUCAACCUAGGUAAGCAGGUUGGUCAUGACUAGGAGAUGAACCUGAAUGAUUUUGAGGUCGGUGCCAAAUGUCAAGGUUGUUGAGACAUUGAGCUGAAAUCGGUUUUUGGUCAAUACUGGUAACUGGAAAACAUGGUGGUUCCCAGGGACCUCAUCUUGGUAGGUUAUUAAGACUUAUUUUCUCAACACACAAUGUAUGAAUUUUUAUAUACAAUUUUUCAAGGGAAAAGUUGAUUUUUCCAUGCAAUUUUUCCGAUUUGUUGAUGCCAAUCCGCUUAUAAAGCAGUCUUGAUGAUCAAACGCGAUCUUGGUUGAUUUGAGACUCCUGGACAUUGCAGGAAAUAAAAUAGUAAAUUUACUUGCAAUGAAAUUGCUAGAGAAACCAGAGAAAAUGAAGUUUGGGAUGACAGGAGGAAAGACAAGUAUGAUAUAGUACAGGGAACAAAAAGUUAAAAAUGGUAGUGGAAAAAUGAUAUUUCAGAUGUCAAGAAGAGCUUUAUUGAAGCAUGUCCAAAAGAACAGGAUCAUAUCCCACUCAAAAGAAGGAUCAAAAGGAUCAUGUGAGUGCUAGCAAAUCAAUUACCAGUUUGGCGCUGGAAGCCAAUUUUGAACAAAAAAUCACUAAAAAACUUUGUUUAACACAAUGUGAAACACAGUCCAAUUUUGAAAGGAAUGGUAUUUGAAACAUUGGUAAAUGAUGUGAAUCUUAUAGUACAUUCCUGAUAUGAAACAUUGAAACAUUGCUUCAUAAGGCUACUGUAUGUAUAUUUUAGUCACAGUAUUUUCCUUCGUAUAUAUAUAUAUUAAUAUGGUUGUAUUUCCUGUGCUUGUUGUAAUGUAUUAACAAUUUUAAGGUAGCCCACCUUCAUUCACCAUUGCAAUUAUACUGCUGCCAAUAUCUUUUCAUAUUUUCCUUGCUUGUAGUAUUUAUAAAAAUAACUUGACUGGUAAGAGUAACUGUCUGUUGCCUUUUGACAAAAUAGCUGCCAAUUGCUUUAUCACUCAAUUGCACAUUUUUUCAUUGCUGGCAUCUAAUUAAGAAGCCCUUGACAGUGUAACAUUGUGCAAUUAAAGUGCAUGUAUUGUUAUUUUUAAUGCCUUCAGUUCAGUUCUUGAAAAUGAUUUUAGAAUUGUAUCAAUUGAGAAUUUGUCUUGGUCACUUAAAACAUAUUCUUUUGGAACAAAUGAUACAAAUAAAAUUAUGACACAUUCA